AUGGCACCAGCCCCCGCACCCCUCCUCCGGCCAGCCAUCCCCGGCGCUCGCCCCGGUGGUCGGGGCCCCCCACGUCUUGGCCUUGCGAUCCCCCCGUCUCUAAGUGUUAAGCCCGUCGGUAAUCCCGGCGCUCCUCCGGCGCGUGCGGCGCCACCACAACUCAAACUCGCUACCCCCAUGGGUAGCACCACAAUACCACAUGAGCAGCCUGCCGGACGACCAGGCGCCCAAGGCUAUAGCGCUAGCGGUGCCAGCGAUAGCAGUGCGGCGCAUAGCAGGAGUGGCAGCUUUGGUCCCGAGAGCAACCCUACCAGCGCCGACACCCGGUAUAGUAAUGUUUCGUUUAUCGGCGCCCAAAGGCCACACGGCACACCAGACCCUGUCUCUGCAGUGGGUUCUCUUUACUCCAAUGCCAGCGAGGGAGGUGUGGGUAUGGAACGAGAAAACAGUCUGCAUGGAUUGGAAGCAUUCGACAAGCUUACACUGGAAAAAGCGAGGACACUAGAUGUCGAAGAGCUUGAUGACGAUGGAUGGAGGAUCGCCAUGAUGGAGAAGAGAGUCGAGGAGUUGGGACCCCUAGGCGAGGGUGCGGGAGGUGCGGUAACCAAAGCCAGGUUGAAGGGCGGCAAGACCGUAUUUGCGCUCAAGAUCAUCACAGCAAACCCCGACAAGGACGUUGCCAAGCAAAUUGUCCGUGAACUAGGGUUCAACAAGCAGUGCGCCUCCGAGCACAUCUGUCGGUACUUUGGCGCCGUUGUUGACACCCAAUCCGCGACCAUCUCCAUUGCCAUGGAGUAUUGCGAAGGUGGUUCUCUUGACAGUGUCUAUAAAGAAGUCAAGAAGCUUGGCGGGCGUACAGGGGAAAGGGUAUUGGGCAAGAUUGCCGAGGGCGUUCUACACGGAUUGACAUAUCUGCACAGCAAGAAGAUCAUCCACCGUGACAUUAAGCCUAGCAACAUCCUUCUUUGUCGCAACGGCGAGGUCAAGCUUUGCGAUUUCGGUGUCUCGGGCGAUUAUGGCACGAACGGCGCGGCCAACACAUUCAUCGGUACCAGUUAUUACAUGGCGCCUGAGCGAAUCACAGGCCAGUCAUAUACCAUCACCUCGGACGUUUGGUCUUUGGGUGUUACCCUGCUCGAGGUUGCACAGCACCGAUUCCCCUUCCCCGCCGAUGGUACCGACUCACAACCCCGUGCCGGUCUUAUUGACCUGUUGACGUACAUCGUCCGCCAGCCUGUGCCGAAGCUGAAGGAUGAGCCUGAUGCGAACAUUUUCUGGACUGACAAGUUCAAGUACUUCAUUGACUGCUGCUUGGAGAAGGAUCCCAACCGCAGAGCGAGCCCUUGGCGUAUGCUCGACCACCCCUGGAUGUUGGAAAUACGGUCAAGGCGUGUGAACGUGGCUCGUUUCCUGGCCACGGUAUGGGGCUGGGAGGAUGGGAAGGAAGAGGCAUAGUGUGUCUGCGGUGGGAAUAAUCGAUCGAAAUUGGCGAGUUCAGUUCAUGGGCCACGAAAUUUCUGCAAAUGCCGGAAGCACAAGAGUCGUGUACCGGAAGACAAUGGGGUCGUUUCUUCGGUUAAGGAUGUCGAACCUGGUGUCUUUGAUUUUGAAGAGGAUGAGAACUUUGGCAAAAGCGAGUCGACCCGUGUUUGACAGCUUUUGGAUAUAUAAAUAUGAAUGAACCUCAUGAUAAGGACUGGAUAGGGAUUCGUAUAUGCACCGUGUAUGCUUGGGUUUCGCGAGGCUCGCACAUCUUAAUGGUACCUGUGGCUAGCGAACAACAAACGGGACCGAUUUGAGC